AUUGUGUUGAUUGUUUAAAUUGUGCCUCCAAUUGAUUAGUGAUUGAAAAGUGGAUACAGUGUAGUUUAAUUAGAAUCUUAAAUUGUAAAUUCAACUUCAUCUCCAUCUCAAAGAGUCUCAGUGUUAACUGUCUUGAUUCUGUUAAUUUUUGUGAUAAUUUUUUUCUCAUUUCAAUUUUUUUUUUGAUGUUUUCAAAUGGAAAUUAAAUUAAAUUUAAUUUGGUUGUGAAAGAAAAAUUAAAUUUACUUUCUCUCUCUUCACAUUGAAUGUGGUAAAUGAAAGAAAAUUAUUAAAUUGAAGUAAAUUUGAUUUUCGUAGUUAAAAUCUUAUUGGUUGGAUCACUAAAUCAGCUGAUGAAAAAUAAUUUCUCUCAUUUUUUUUUACAUUUGAUUUUCUACUUAUCAUCAUUUAUCUGAUAUCUACUUAAUUGUUGUCAAUUGUUUUUAUCGAGUGUUGAUUCAUCAUGGAUGGUAAUGAAUCUACACCUGAUUCGGUUAAUCUUUCCAAUGAUUUCGACACAAGUUUGAGAUUAAUCAAAGAAUUGGACAAUAGCGAUUUACCAACAAACAACAUCAACUAUCAGAAUAAAGUUAAACAGACUAUCAGUCUUUUGGAACGUUCAACAGUGAUGGUUAAUCAGUUGAGUCUAUUCAGUGAAAAUGAAACGAUUUCUGAUGUCGCCAGUUCUUCAAUCAAAUAUCUACUUCUUCCAGCGCUAUUGGGUUAUCUUCACAUGAAAUUAGUGACAAAGGAUAGAUUAGAAUCUUUAAUCAUUGCCAAUAUCUAUUUUAAAGAUUAUCUCAAAAGAAUUGUAUCAUAUGAGGUUUGUCCGAUUGGAAUUGAUUUGGAUGAGCUUGAAGAUGGGGAAGAAGAAGAGGAUCAACAACAAGAAGGAAAUUCCAAUUCAAAAGAAACAAUUAAAAUCGAAAAACCAAAGAAAGUGUUUACAAGUAAUUCGAUUGCAGAACUACAAGCAAUGGGUCGCGAACGAUUGGCCAAAAUUGAAAAUUAUCGACGGCAAAAGGAAAUCGAUGAGAAAUUGGAGUCUCUUGAACCGAUUGUCAAUUGUAAUGAUGGUGAAGAUGCAAGUGAUGAACAGAGAAGAGAAUAUUUUAUUUUAUUGAUUAAAAAGUGGGUAUCAAUUGGUAUCGAAGAAAUGUCCAGUAUCGCCAAGGAGAAAGAAGUUCUCUCAUUGAUGAGAAAAAUGGGUGGAAAAAAAGUCGAACCCAAAGAGAAGCCAAAAUCCGAACCAAUAAAACCUUUUAUCAUAACUCGAACUGAAUUACAGAAAAAAGUUUUCGGCCUUGGUUAUCCAGCGAUUCCAACAAUGUCCAUAGAGCAGUUUGUUGAUAUUAAGAUCAAAGAAGGGGCUCUCUCGGAGCAAAAACCAGGACAAAGUAAUAGUCUAAUGGAUUGGGCUCAAAAUCCUGAUAUCAAAAAGCAACAAGAUGAAGAUGAUGCUGCUAUUAAGGAGAAAGCUGAAGAUGAGGAGGAUAAAGAAGCUUUAAUUAAGGCAAGAGGGUGGGAUGAAUUCAAGGAUGAUAAUAAACGAGGUUGGGGGAAUCGUUACAAUCGGAGUUGAUUUUUUUCUCAAUUAUCUAACAUCUAUAGAUACUACUACUAUUGAUUGUUUUUAAUUGUCGUCAAAAUUUAAGUGUAAAUCCAAAUUAACGAAUGCAAUGAGAUGGAGUUGAAAAAAAACUCUUUACAAUGAUUGUUUUUGUUUCCUUUCAUCAAUGAGUUCAAUUAACUUAUAUGAGACAACAAUUAGAUGAGAUAAAUCUUGAAACCAUAACAUACCAA